GAUAAGCUUCAGGGCUUUGGCUUAUCUGAGGUUCAAUGAGCCAGGAGCCAGCCAGGCCCAGCAGCCAGCAGCCAGCAGCCGAACGUUCUGCGGAAUAAACCUCUGGUAGAUUCGAGCCGACCGCAUUCUCUUCUUCUCCCUCCCUCACGCCUGUUCCUUACGCUUUCUCUUUUACUUGUAGCAGUUGCCAAUUAGCAGACUAUUACAUUGAAAAUGCCUGUCGACGCCAUCCCUACCAAGAUCUCUGUGGAUCUUCACAGACCCUACCAUGAGCAGCCUGGUCUGCACACUCGCUGGCACCCGGAGAUUCCCUUCUACUGCUCUGUCGAGCCGGGUGAGGUCUUCAAGGUCGAGUGCUUCGACUCCUCCGGUGGUCAGGUCUUCAACACCGACGACGCCGAUGACAUCGCCAAGGUCAACCCCUUGAGCAUCCAUUGCUUGUCUGGCCCUAUUGAGGUCAAGGGUGCUGAGCCUGGCGAUCUCCUUAUCGUCGACAUCCAGGACAUCCAGCCCUUCCCCGAUGAGCCCUGGGGAUACACCGCUAUCAUGGAUCCCGCCAAGACCAGCGCGUUCUUGAACGACAAGUACCCGCAGAUGCAGAAGGCUAUCUGGGACAUUGAUGGAAUCUUUGCCUCCUCCCGACACAUUCCCCACGUCAAGUUCCCCGGCUUCAUUCACCCCGGUAUCAUUGGAACUCUUCCCAGCUACGAGAUGCUCAACAAGUGGAAGAAGCGCGAGGCCGAUCUCGUUGACUUCCAUGCCUCGCUCAACGAUGGCUGCACUGUCGCCGCUCUCCCCAACCCCGAGGGCUCCUACAUCGGACAGGGCGUCGACCCCGCUCUCGCCAAGAAGGUCGGCGAGGAAGGUGUCCGGACUGUUCCCCCUCGUGAGCACGGUGGAAACAUCGACAUCAAGAACUUGAGCAGAGGUUCUAAGGCUUACCUCCCUAUCUACGUCAAGGGAGCCGGUUUCUCGGUCGGUGACAUCCACUUCUCCGAGGGCGACGGUGAGAUCUCGUUCUGCGGUGCCAUUGAGAUGCACGGAAUCAUCACCCUCAAGCUUGGAAUCAUCAAGAACGGCAUGAAGGAUAUGUCGAUCUACAACCCUGUCUUCAUCCCCGGAAACGUGACCGCGCACUACGGUCCUUCGCGAUACCUCACCUUCCAGGGUAUCUCCGUCGACGACGACGGCAAGCAGCACUUCCUCGACGCCAAGGUCGCCUUCCGACAGGCCGUCCUCAACGCUAUCGAGUACCUCAAGGGAUUCGGCUACACCGGUGAGCAGGCCUACCUUCUUCUGUCGGCUGCCCCGGUCGAGACCCAUAUCUCGUCCAUCGUCGAUGUUCCCAACUCGUGCGUCAGCUACUCGAUCCCUGCUGAUAUCUUUGACUUCGAUAUAAUGCCUAAGGAGGGCGGUCCUAUCAUCCAGCCCAACAUGGGCAAGACUGCUUUCCCUAUUUUUAUGUCUAAAUGCGUUUUGGAGAAUGAAUGUUUGUGUUCGUCGUCGCUCUUAUGUUUGUUGUCUAUCUAAGUAUCCAGAAGAUUCAAUAAAUAACUCGACCUAUCAUUUGUGGAAAUAUUCAGUAACAAUAAUGU